AUGCAGUCGGCAAUUCAUACAUUGCAGAGACGUGAGCAGAUCGUUCCUGCGGAGCCUUUCCAGGAUCUUCGUGCCGAUCGAAAUCUGGUGGAGGAGGCAGUUCGCAGAAAUGGGGGUGAUGCGUUGCAGUAUGCUACGGAGGAGCUCCGAAAUGAGCCAAAGCUCGUGAUGCAGGCUUUGGAGGCGCCAAAGGGUUCAUCUAAAGCUUUGGCAUUCUCCGCCAAGUUGGCUGCGGAUCGAACCUUUGUUAUUCAAGUCUUGGAGAAAGAUGGCCUCAGUUUGCAAUACGUUGCACCAAGCCUCAAAGCGGACCCAAGCGUGGUGCUGGUUGCAUUGCAGCAGAAUGGCGAGUCUCUACAAUUUGCACCAGACAAGUUUCGGGAGAGUCGCAAGGUGGUGGAAGUGGCGGUCAAGCAAAAUCCCAAAGCCGUUCGCUUCGCUUCUGAAAGUCUCCGAGAGGACGAAGAGUUUGUCAAGGAAGUUGCUGAAAUUGAUGGCUCGGUCCUGCAGUUUGCAUCGGAGACUUUGUGUGGCAACUGGCGUGUUGCUUCGAAGGCUGUUGCACAGUCCUGGGAAGCUCUCCCGUUCGAGCAGGUGGAUGGAGGCCUCUCCAGAGAGGUCUUGCUGGGCUCUGUCAAGCAGGACUGGAGAGCCAUCAAGGAGAUUCUGCAGAAAAGCCCAGUGCCGCAGGACUUCUUGGUGGAAGCAGCUGCCAUCAACCCUGAGAUUGUGAGGGCACAGCAGUUGCGUGGCAACAAGGAAGUAGCUCUUACAGCUUUAUCUUUGAAUGGCCUCAUGCUGCACUAUUUGCUUCCAGAUCUACGCGCAGACCCGGAGCUGGCGUCGGUUGCAAUCAGACAAAAUCCUGAUGCAAUGGGAGAGGUUCAUCCAUGCCUUCGUCGAGAGAAGGAUUUGCUCAACAUCCAGACUGAAGGCUUGGCAAGGAGGGCUCGAUUGGAGCUUCGCAGGAUGAAAGCUGAAGCAGCUGCUGCUGAGGCAGCACAAGCCAUGCAGGAAGCAAUUGUGCCAGAUGCAGAUACCGCUGCAGAUGCAGCUGAAAAUGCAGCUGCAGAUGCAGCAGCAGAUGAAGCGUAG